UUCACUUUCCAGCUUUCUCUAACCCUAAUAGGCUAAGAAAGACCUCUCGCUCUCUCUCUCCGUGUCUUUAUCACGUAUAGACAAUCUCUCGGUCACAGAGUGAAAUAUGGCUUUUGAUUCUUCUCCGGCUAACAUACACGGAGGCCCUUCUUCGCCGGAUGACUGGGCUACGAGCCCAAUCAGUAAUACAGUCUCCUCCCCUGGAGAUCGUAGGCGUCCAAAACGCGGUCGUCGCUCCAGCUACGCCACCCCAUCACCACUGCCCUCUGAUUCUCGUUUUCCAACCCCUGAUGCGACUCCAACGCCCUCCGGCAGUAACUCCCGUCGGCGUGGCCGAGCUAGGCGACCGGCUGGAACCCCCACUGCUGCUGCCACGCCAUCUUCCACUGAUGAUGCACCGAUGUCCUCUGAGGCUGGUGACGGGGAUGAUGAUGAGGCCCCACCAAUGUAUGUGUGGGGAACCAACAUUAGUGUACAAGAUGUUAAUGCAGCGAUUUUGAGGUUCUUGAGGCAUUUUAGGGAAAAUCCCCAGCAAAUUGAGGGGAAGUAUAUGAGAAUUAUUAAUCAUGUGAUUGAAGUUGAGGGGGAUUCGCUCGAUGUCGACGCCCACGAUGUGUUUGAUUAUGACAAUGAUCUUUAUGCUAAAAUGGUUAGAUAUCCACUUGAGGUUUUAGCGAUUUUUGAUAUUGUGUUGAUGGAUAUGGUCAGUAGAAUCAAUCCUUUAUUUGAGAAGCAUAUACAAGCUAGGAUUUUCAAUCUUAAGAGUUCAACAUCGAUGAGAAAUCUUAACCCAUCUGAUGUUGAGAAGAUGGUUUCACUGAAAGGGAUGAUUAUUAGAUGUAGCUCCAUUAUACCUGAGAUAAGGGAAGCUGUAUUCAGAUGUCUCGUGUGUGGCUAUUACUCCGACCCUAUUGUGGUUGAUAGAGGAAGAAUUGAUGAGCCGACAAUUUGUGGAAAGCAAGAAUGUCGAUCUAAAAACUCCAUGACCCUUGUGCACAACAGGUGCAGAUUUGCUGAUAAGCAAGUUGUGAGAGUCCAGGAGAUGCCAGAUGAGAUACCUGAGGGAGGAACACCGCACACCGUGAGCUUAUUGAUGCACGACAAGCUGGUGGAUGCUGGCAAGCCAGGUGACAGGGUUGAGGUUACUGGAAUCUAUAGGGCUAUGAGUGUCAGAGUUGGUCAAACACAGAGGACAGUGAAGUCAAUUUUCAAGACUUACAUUGACUGUCUUCAUCUAAAAAAGACGGACAAGUCAAGAAUGCAUGUGGAAGAUCCAAUGGAAACUGAAAAUGGGCCAAGUAGGAAUGAGAAUGAAUCAACUCUGGACGAAGAUAAGGUGGAGCAAUUAAAGGAGCUAUCCAAACAGCCUGAUAUAUACGAGAGAUUGACAAAGUCUUUGGCACCAAACAUAUGGGAGUUGGAUGAUGUAAAGAAAGGCCUUCUUUGCCAGCUUUUUGGUGGAAAUGCACUGAAGCUGCCAUCUGGGGCUAGCUUCAGAGGUGAUAUCAAUAUUCUACUUGUUGGAGAUCCUGGAACCAGCAAAUCUCAGCUGCUCCAGUACAUUCACAAGCUCUCCCCUCGUGGUAUCUACACUAGUGGACGAGGAAGCUCUGCUGUGGGAUUAACUGCAUAUGUGGCGAAGGAUCCUGAGACUGGUGAAACUGUCCUGGAGAGUGGAGCGUUGGUUCUGAGUGACAGAGGCAUAUGUUGUAUUGAUGAAUUUGAUAAAAUGUCUGACAAUGCAAGAAGCAUGCUACAUGAGGUGAUGGAGCAGCAAACUGUUUCAAUUGCAAAGGCAGGGAUCAUUGCUUCCUUAAAUGCAAGAACUUCAGUGUUGGCUUGUGCCAAUCCGAUUGGUUCACGUUAUAACCCUCGUUUGUCUGUGAUCGAAAAUAUACACCUUCCUCCUACUCUACUGUCCAGGUUCGAUUUGAUCUAUUUAAUUCUUGACAAGGCUGAUGAGCAAAUGGAUAGGCGGCUUGCAAAGCACAUUGUGGCAUUACACUUUGAAGAUCCUGAUAACUCAGAGCAGGAUGUCAUUGACCUGCCGACGUUAACUGCUUAUGUAAGCUAUGCACGAAAACAUAUACAUCCACAGUUAUCAGAUGAAGCUGCUGAGGAGUUGACAAGGGGAUACGUGGAGAUGAGAAGAAGAGGAAAUUUCCCAGGAAGCAGCAAAAAGGUCAUAACUGCAACCCCGAGGCAAAUUGAAAGUUUGAUACGCCUCAGUGAGGCCUUGGCUCGUAUUCGUUUCUCACAAUGGGUCGAAAAGCGAGAUGUAACUGAGGCUUUUAGGCUUCUUGAGGUUGCAAUGCAACAGUCUGCUACAGACCAUUCAACUGGAACCAUCGAUAUGGAUCUCAUUACAACUGGUGUUUCUGCAAGUGAACGGAUGAGAAGGGAGAACUUGGUUUCAACCACCCGUAACAUAAUUAUGGAGAAGAUGCAACUUGGAGGCCCGUCAACUAGGCUGUUAGAGUUACUUGAAGAGUUGAAGAAGCAGAGUUCUGGAGCUGAAAUCCAUCUUAGUGAUCUUCGGAAUGCACUUGCUACUCUUUCAACCGAAGGAUUUGUUGUUGUUCAUGGCGACAGUGUAAAGAGAAUCUAAUGAAAAGGGAGAUGGGCCAAACUGGUGGGUACCAAGUGAAAGGUCAGCUGAGAAUUCACUGUCUUAAAAGCUGGACUUUGGGUCACCAUAUUCAGACAUGAACAACGGAUGUAUGACUGUAAUUAGUUUAAUUGAAAGGUUGAAAAAUCUCCACUUUCAUAUUUGAUUUUAGUGGUUAAUUAUGUUUGUAUAAAAGCAAGUUUAGUCUUUUGUACUCUUUGUAUUGGAAACGUAUCUGUAUAACUCUCUCUAUCUAGCGUGUAGCUAUGCUUUCGUGCUCAACAUGUCGUCUGCGGGCAAAAACAUGCAAUGGCUUCCUUUUCUAUUUUUAACUUUGGGUACCCGUUCCCACUUCCCGGCUUCAUUUCAAUUCAAUUGAAACACUUAUAUUCUUUGGGCAAAUUU